UUUAAAUACACCGGAGAGGCCACGUUGACCAACACUGACCAGUGACAGUUGUUUCAGUUCAUAUCCGAGUAAGGAGAGAUAAAAUCAUAAAGACAUCUUUCAGCCAUUGUUAAAACAAGACGGACCAAUGGAGAGGGAAAACAUAAUCCUCAGGGACCAGGUGAAGUGGCUCCAAGACUCACUUGACACAAACCAAAAAUCAUGGACAGAAACCAUUAAAGAUCUAACAUCGGAAAUAGAAGACCUCAAGUACGAAAAUGCUAGACUCAAUGAAAAGGUUGAAGAAGGCAAAAAAAGGGAGGAGGAACUAGUUACCGUGUGGGACAUAAAGGAGAAAGACUUUAAGGAUGCCCUCGAAACUUUAGAGCUUACCAGCCAGGUCACGAACGAUACCAUCACCGUUGAUCUGGGAACUAAGUUAGCGAAAUGUAGGACAUAUUACAAAGAGACUGUGAAAGAGCUGCGAGAACAGCUUGAGACAGUUACAGCAGAUGCUAAUAAGUACCAAAAGAAAUCCGCUCUGCUGGAGGAAAAACUGUCAAAGAUCGUGAAAGAACAUGAAGCCAGAGCGCAAAAAGAUGCGGCCGAAACAAAAAGCCACUACGAAAAACAGGUGGAAAAGCUUAGACAGCAGCUUCAUCAGACUGAGGUUAACUACAAAUUUGAUGUGGUAAGAUUAGAGGCAGAUAUAAAAUUACAGAAAGACAUUAUCGAUCAGCUAAAGAAGGACAAUGCUUUCGUUGACGCUAAGAUCCGAGGUAAGUGUGGGCCGCUGGAAGACCGCAUAGGCGUUCUGGAGAGCGAUCUAAAAAUUCGGAACAGUCAACUCCUGAAUAUGGCCCAGAAAGCAGAGGAGACUAAGCUCUUCAUAGCGAAACUGAACAAAGAGAUUAAAGGCAAAGCUUCUGAGAACUUCCUGCUAACGAAACAAAGGAGAGACGUGCAGGCUCAGAUUGUAAAGGAAAGGGACAAAAGCGCUUCCUUCGACUGUCAGAUCACGGAGCUGAAGGUACAAGUCGCAAAACUGGAAGACACCAUCGAGGAACAGGAGAAAAAGGAGAAAGAAAUUUCCGACAAGCUCUUGAUGCUCCAGAUUCAACACAAGGAUCAAACUAAGAAGUUUGACCGAGUGAGUCUCGUACUGAGGUCCAAGGUGCCAGAGGCCGUCAAGAUGAAGGAGAAGAUCAGCCACAUGGAAACGUAUCAGCUGCGUUUCAAGGAACACCUGCAGGACUGUGUCGAUUUGAUAAACUAUCCAAAUAAACUGAAGAAAGCAGUCAUUAAACUCAGAAAUAUGUAUCUGAAAGACACAAAAGAGACACAAGAUGAGAUACAAAUACCCACGUUCCUCAAACAAAUAGAGCAGGAGACCAAGAUUCAUGAUCUCACUGAAAAGGUGGGACGUUACGAAGUCAUCGCGAAGUCUCAGAGUCAUCAGAUAAAACGCUUGGAGGCACAGAUACAGAUGUUGCGAGACGAUCGAACACAGAAGAUAAGCAGUUUUGUUGAUUCGCUAAACAAAGAGAGGAGGACGAGUCAUGAGCUGAUGAAAACAGUGAAAGCUCAGACCUUACUGCUCAAAAAGGCAACAAAGCCGAUGCACCAGAAGGUAGGUUCCUGGAUCAAUAAAAAAGUCCUGAACAACGCCCCACCCCGAGCUCCAGCGGAGGUUCCAGAGGAGGAACCACGACAACUCAGGGUGGAGGACUUCCCGCAACCAGUUCUGCCGACAGGUGACGAAGCAGCACCAACCGCGCCUUUCAGUUCACCAGCCUCUUCACCGUCCACCGAUCAGCUUCAUUCAGAGCACAGACUCAUACAGGUAAAGCCACGUGUAGACGACGCUUUGCCACCCGUUGAAAGUUAAACUGGCAUCAAGAUCAAGACAGUCGCCAAAACACAAACAGACAAAGCAACCAACAACUGCACCUCAGUAAUUAUGGGUUGUUGUGGGUUUACCCCGAGUACUUCGGUUUCUUCCCACACGACUCACUUGCAGUUUAUUAAUUUAGUUUUGUUUCAGUAAAAAGAAAUAAAACUA